CUGCAGUUUUCUGCAAGCAAAGUGAUUCAGGUAAUAAGGAUGCUCUGAGCUGUGCUGCCAGGAGGAGAAGUGAGACACGUACAGCCACCUAAAACAAAGCGGGUGACUCUUUUGCAAGGAAUCAUAGUGAAUUGAAGUAAGAGCUGCAUUGUCUCAAGGGACAGGAAAAUAAGGAUAAAUGAGACAUUCUGUCAAUAUGGUGAUCAAAAACCAUUGAAUCCAGGAGGCUGGUUUGUGUACUUGUGUAAAGGUCUGUAGUAGCAGUGCCAGAGCGAGACUUUCUAGUGUCUGGGGAAACGGUUUGCAGGAAUCACAAAUGACAUUUUCUGUUGUGCAUCAAUUUUAGAUCGUGGCAGAAGGUGUUAAAGAGACAAAACAGAUAAAUGGGUGCACAUGAAGAAUCACACAGAUCAGGGGCAGGAUGUUACUGAAGAGAUUAAAAUGAUGCUUUGUGCUGGCGUACAUUGUUGGUUUGCAUUGGCACAAUUGUCUCGGGACACAGGAGGCUACCUGCUUCUCCACGGAAGGGUUCAUCUGUCUAGACAACAAGUGAAAAAUAUCCUCUGAACCAAGGCGAUUUGAGGACACGUCUUUUUCUUAUUUUUUACAUUUUUCUCCUUCACCCUUUGACUGAAAGGUGUGAAGGCAUGGACAGUGGUUUAGAGGACGCUGCAAAACAGACUCUAGUUCUGUGAAGCUGCAGUCCGAUUUCACUUUCUUGCCCUCUUGAUGCAUUGCUGUGGACUGGGACACCGGCGGAGAGUACAGGUUUCCUAUGGUUCGGCGGACUCCUACACAAGCCGUCCAUCUGACUCGGAUGUUUCAUUGGAGGAAGACAGGGAGGCUGUACGGAGAGAGGCAGAGCGACAAGCCCAGGCACAGCUUGAGAAAGCAAAGACUAAACCUGUUGCAUUUGCUGUCCGCACAAAUGUCAACUACAGUGCUGCUCAUGAUGAUGAAGUCCCUGUCCCUGGCAUGGCUAUUUCCUUUGAAGCAAAGGAUUUCCUUCAUGUCAAAGAGAAAUUUAAUAAUGACUGGUGGAUAGGCCGGUUGGUAAAAGAAGGCUGUGAAAUAGGUUUCAUUCCUAGCCCGGUCAAGCUGGAGAAUAUGCGAAUACAGCAUGAACAGCGGGUGAAGCAGGGAAAAUUCUACUCCAGCAAAUCAGGAGGAAACUCGUCCUCAAGUUUAGGUGAAGUGGUACCAAGUUCAAGGAAAUCUACUCCUCCUUCCUCUGCUAUUGAUAUAGAUGCCACUGGUUUAGAUCCAGAAGAAAAUGAGAUUCCUGCCAACCAUCGCUCCCCUAAAGCCAGCCCAAACAGUGUCAUGUCUCCCCUAUCAAAAGAGAAAAGAAUGCCUUUCUUUAAGAAGACAGAACAUAUUUCUCCAUAUGAUGUAGUGCCUUCAAUGAGACCUGUGGUUUUGGUGGGGCCUUCGUUGAAGGGAUAUGAGGUGACGGAUAUGAUGCAGAAAGCACUUUUUGACUUUUUAAAACACAGAUUUGAAGGGAGAAUAUCAAUCACACGGGUCACAGCUGACAUCUCACUUGCCAAACGCUCAGUAUUAAACAACCCCAGCAAACAUGCAAUCAUAGAGCGCUCCAACACAAGGUCCAGUUUAGAUGUUGUGGCUGAAGUGCAAAGUGAAAUUGAAAGAAUAUUUGAACUUGCAAGGACCCUGCAGUUGGUGGUUUUGGAUGCUGACACCAUCAAUCAUCCAGCUCAGCUUGGGAAGACCUCCCUGGCUCCUAUCAUUGUUUAUGUAAAGAUUUCAUCUCCUAAGGUUUUACAGAGAUUAAUUAAGUCUAGAGGGAAAUCCCAGGCUAAACACUUGAACGUCCAGAUGGUGGCAGCUGACAAACUGGCACAAUGCCCUCCGGAAAUGUUUGAUGUCAUUCUGGACGAGAAUCAGUUGGAGGACGCUUGUGAGCACAUGGCAGACUACUUGGAGGCUUACUGGAAGGCAACUCACCCAGCCAGCUGCAAUCCCCCCAAUCCACUCCUGGCUCGCACCCUGGCUGCAGCUGUCCUGCCAGCGAGCCCAGCGUCUGCUUCCAAUCUGCAGAGCUCUGGGGGUGAACAGAAGACCGAGAAAUCAGCGCCAGAGCAGUCGGGGUCACAGGAAGAGGAACAGGAGGAGCCACGAACCGAGCCGUCGAAGAAAUCGCAGCACCGCUCUUCCUCCUCCAAAACAGAGCACCACAAUCAUCAUCACCACCACCACCACAAGGGAGGGACUGGGAACAAAGCACUUCCCCGCCAGGAGACCUUUGACUCGGAGACACAGGAGAGCAGGGACUCAGCCUACAUCGAGCCCAAGGAGGAGCUCACAGAGGAGCAAGGCGACUCCUAUGAGUCACACAACCACAGGGAUGAGCCGCACGUGGGAGGAGACCACAAGCACCGUGAGUCGCGCCAUCGGCCCAAGGAUCGUGACAGGGAGCAGGACCACAAUGAACGCAACAAACAGCGCAGCCACCACAAAUCCCGGGAACACUACUAUGAGCGGGAUGGUGAGGUGGUUUCCAAAAAACGCAACGAAGCAAGUGAAUGGAACAGGGAUGUGUACAUUCACCAGUGACUUCUUCCAUUUGGGUCCACAAUAUUCCAACACCCCCUCUUUGGAUUUUAAACUAGUCACUUCUUUUCUGUGUUUGUCUGUCAAGACAGUCCUUUCUUUGAGUUCCUCUGUUUGGUGUCACACACGUACCUCGGGGGAUUGAUCUUUUUUGGUCUCCAUUCAAAACCUUGUUUAUGUAUACUUCCAUGAGCUACUUUGUACAGCUGAUGCUCCAUCAGCAAAGAAAAUUGUUAUAGGCAAAAAAUGUAUAUAAAUAUAUACAUAAAUAUGUAUAUUCAUAAGUAUACAUAUUUCACUCUUAGCAGUCUAUUUUAAGGAGCACGGUACAAUUGCAAUGGUCCUGUGUUGUACUUUGCUUUUUGAUACAUCUAUAGUGGCUGCCACUUGAACAAUAGACUACUGUUUUAAUUUCUGUCCGAAACAUGGACAUGGCUGGGAUUGGCAUCCUUAUUAUUACUUUUAUUAGUUUCCUUUUUUAGGCUUGCUAAUAAUUAAAAGCAGAACAAAACAACGAAUUGGAGAUUUUGAUCCGCUGAUUUACAGUAUGUACCUGUACCGUACACAUCUUGGUCUUGCCUUAUAAGAAAAAAGAAUAGUACAAUUUCUGUCUUAAACUACAGUGACAUUGGCAAUAUGUAUUUUUACAUAAUUGUACUUGUCAGCACUUUUAGGACCCUUUGUGUUUUUUUAAGGUUCAUACAAAUGAUCAAGGUUUUUCAUCAGAUUACAUCUCAUUAAAGUAGACAACGCAUUCAGAUGGGUAGUAUUGUAAUACUAACAUAACUGAGACAGGAGUUUUCCCCCCUUUCAGAGAAGACAUCUGGGAAAGUUGUUACACUGGUUAACCUCAACUGUGUAUUUGGUACUAAUUACAAAAUGAUUGCAAAUUAACUGCACUCGCCUUUUUGCAGGUCCCUAUACAAGACUGGGUCUUGACAUGCUUGGUAGUGAACAGAUUUAAUGUGAAGUCAUUAGGUUUUUCAAACUUUCGAAAUCCAUUUUUCAUUUGAAUUCCAAAACUUAAAAAAAAUUCCAAGAUUUUUUUUUAAUGAACUAUAAAUCCUAAAACUACUUUAAAAAACUGGAUGUAGAUCUUUACUAUUUUUAUAUAUGUAGCUUGGCAAGGAAAGAAAUGUACAUAUGCCACUUUUUAUGAUUUUGAUUUUUCCAGCCUCCUGCUUGCAUUUAUUAUUCAUUUUCAAAGCACAUAUUUUUUUCUUUUACCAUGAAGAAAGAAAAAGGCUGUACCUGGUACUGUAUAUGUCCAUUUGUGAAAAGUACAUUUUUAGGCUAAGAUCUGUAAACAUGUGUAUAUACGUCAUAAAUGCCUUUGUAGAUAUGGACAGUAAGUGAGCUGAGGAACCUGUUGCACUGUUAAAUGGAUUUAAUUUAUUUAUUUAACUGUCCAAAUACAGUAGUGGCUGUGAUGUACAUGUUCAUUUUUAACAUGUAGGACUUAAUUACAUUGACAGGAACUGUGUUCCAAACUUUUUUCUUUGCUGCACAAUGUUAAAAAAGUAAAAUUGUUCUGGCUGGGAUAAGUUAAACUUCUUUCUAUAUUUCAAUUACUGUUGUGAGACAGCACAGCACUGAUGUUUUUAAUGAUGUAUUACGUUGGUAAAAUUUGCUUCCACCACUAUCACCUGGAGUUUAGUUUCCACAGCUCCAUUUGGCAUGACAACCAACCCAUUGUUUUUCAGCUUUUCAUUUUCUGAUUAUAGGCUGUGUGCACAAUUCACCCAAGUCCCUCCACGGUUAGUAUUUCAGAUAGACUUAUUUUUAAGGAUUACAGGUCUUUAAAGUUGCUAUUUAAAGAAUGUACAUUUGACAUAUAUGUAAUAAUAAAAAUUUAAAAAUAAACUUCUGAACAAUAAGACAAGUAUGUUGGCAAUUUUUUGAAUAACGGAAUAACGUAAUGAAACUAUUAACAAACAUAAACAGCCUGAACACUGACAAAUGGUCAGCUGUCAGAGCUUCUAUUAGCUAAAAUUAUGGUUUUCUAGACGUGAAUUACAUGAUUAUAAUGGUUUUCAAAUGUUUUUAAUGAAUUACUAAAUUCCACAUAAAACAAUAUACUGUAAGACUAACUGAUGAAUAUAUUUGUUUUGAUGAAUUAGGAUCGUUAAAUCCUCUAAGUGCUCUAGGCUUAUCUGAGAAGCAUUAAAAGCAUGACAGUUGUUUGAUUUAAAUUA